AUGGGGUUAACAAACGAAAGUGAGGAAAAAGAACAGUUCCAGCCCAACAACUCGGAAUCACUCAAUGAAGGUCAAGCAGAAGAAAUCCAACAACCACAAGAGCAUACUCCAGCAGGGCAGCGAACACGAAGAGGAGGCACACAGCCAUCCAGAUGUCGAUUGCCUUCACGUAGGACACCUGCAACAUUCACCCAAAGAACAAUCGGCCUUCUUGGAGUCCUUCCGUUGUCUAACCAGUACAUUACCAGCCCAUAUCAACUGCCUGUUGUUCUUCAGUUUUAUCCUGAAUUUUUCCUGAUUUUUAAAGAAGCUGUCCAUGAUGUGUCCUGUUAUCUGAAGGCUUAUGUCAAAGAGAUCGAGCUACCCAUCUUCCUUUGCCUCUCUGCACUCUCCACCCUUCAACUCCCUGCCCUCCCCAUAGUUCUUUUCCUUUCUUCCGUUCUUCUUCUUGCUAUUGUGUUUCUGCUUCUUAUAAUUCUUUUCAUUCUUAUCUUCUUCUGA